AUGUCGAUUCCCCAAUCUGUGAAGGAUGCGAUUCCAUCUGAAGGAAUAUUGGGAUCGAAACCUGUGGUUUCUGAUCCUAAAGCUAUUCCGACUUUGUCCUCUGUGAAAUUAGCGAACUCUUCUGCUGCGAUUGAGAGUCCUGUGAAAUCGGCGAGUCCUUAUAAUUCUUCCUAUGUUCAUGAGAAGGUCGAGAGUGCUCCUGUUAUUAUUAAUGAUGAUGUUAUGAAAGAUUCUCUGAAUGGUGAUAGCAAUCUGGAUGGGGAAUCUGGUUCUGAAUUGAAGAUGGAACAGGGGGCUAAUUUUCUGAAUCUGAAAUGGGAUAAGGAGCCUAUGAAUGUGGAUAAUUUUUCAAAACCAACUAUGUCUCCAGCAGCCAAAUUGGUCAGUGAUUUUAACAAGAAGUCUUAUGCUAGAAUGGUUGAAUCUACUAGCUCUGUGGUUGAUCUUAACAUCAAAGUUAUUCCUAAAGUGGAUGGAAAGCCUAAUGGCAAAGUUGAGCUUCCUUAUGCAGAUUGA